AUGUGCCAAGUGGCCUACGAUGCUCAAUAUAGAGUAAGACUGUACUUUAGAAGUCCGAUUCAGCCAGACCUGAGUAACAACGCAACAUCCCAAUAUCCCAACAAUCCGACAUCACCAUCUACACCCAUGUCGACCCUACAGAGAACUACGCUUUUGCGAGAUCAUCUAACCAGACCCGAUCAUCAACACCUACCAGAAUGGAGACUCAGCCGUCCUAUUCAUGAAGAGCGGCACUUGCGUGUGGUGUGCGUAGGUGCCGGGGCUUCUGGACUAUGCUUUGCCUACAAACUCCAACGAUCGUUUGAGAACUUCGAUCUGCAGAUAUAUGAGAAGAACCCCGCAACGUCGGGCACGUGGCAUGAGAACACGUAUCCUGGAUGUGCUUGUGAUGUUCCUGCUCACAAUUAUACGUUUUCAUGGGAGCCAAAGCUUGACUGGUCCGCGGUGUAUGCGGGUAGCGCCGAGAUCAAGAAGUACUUUCAAGACUUUGCGGCUAAAUACGAUCUUGAUAAGUUCGUCAAGCUCAACCAUCAAGUCGUGGGUGCAUAUUGGGACGAUAAAGUAGGAAAAUGGAACGUUCAGGUGGAGGACAAGGUCGCCAAAAGUACCUUUUGGACUACUUGUGAUAUUCUGAUCAAUGCUUCCGGAAUCUUGAAUGCCUGGAGAUGGCCUGCUAUACCAGGAAUCGAUAGAUACAAAGGGAAAUUGUUGCACAGCGCCAACUGGGACCAUUCAGUGCAAAUGAAAGGCAAGCAUGUUGGCUUAAUCGGUAACGGUUCAUCUGGGAUCCAGAUAUUACCAAGUAUCCAGCCACUAGUAGGACACCUUACAACGUUCAUCCGUGAGCCGACCUGGGUCUCUCCAGUUCAGGGUCUUGAACAACACGUCUACAACUCAAAGGAGCUCCAGGAAUUCGCAGAUGUUCCUGGAGCCCUCCUCAGCCUUCGAAAACAAAAUGAAAUGGCCUUGGAUACGAUUACAAACAUUUUCGCAAAGGACGGGCAGGCCCAGAAAGAAACCCGUGCGGUAAUGACACAACAAAUGAAGGAGAAAUUGCAAAACGAUAAGCUAGCAGCUCAGCUCAUUCCGAACUGGGGUGUCGGUUGUCGCAGAUUAACGCCAGGGGUCAACUACCUGGAAACGCUCAGUGCGCCAAACGUUACCGUUGUGUACGGAGAGAUCAAUGAGAUUACUGAAAAGGGCUGUAUCUGCGAUGACGGCAAUGAAUAUCCCGUCGACAUCCUUAUCUGCGCAACCGGAUUCGACACGUCGUUCAAACCUCGUUUUCCGGUUGUGGGAUUAAAUAAGAUUGAUCUGAGAGAGCAGUGGUCCUCGGAGCCUAAGGGCUAUCUUGGCCUUGCUGCGAGCAACAUGCCCAACUAUUUUCAAUUCUUAGGCCCUAAUUGCCCUGUUGGGAAUGGACCACUUCUUUCAGCCAUCGAGUAUCAAGCAGACUACAUGCUCAAAUUCUGUGACCGAUGGCAGACCGAGAACAUUCAUUCAUUCAGCCCAAAGCAGGCUGCUAUCGAUGAUUUCACGGAUUUUAGUGACGAAUGGAUGAAAGGCACUGUUUGGACCGAGGAUUGCCGCUCCUGGUACAGGGGAGGCAGCCAGUCUGGAAGAAUAACAGCUUUGUGGCCGGGGAGUGUGCUCCAUUACAUCGAGUGCGUAUCGCAUAUUCGUCAUGAUGAUUGGGACAUUAAAUACGCCGGUAAUCGUUUCAAUUAUCUCGGCAACGGACGAAGCCAGGUAGAGCUUGACUUCAGCGCCGACUGGGCAUGGUACGUUCGUGAAGGUGACGACAGCCCUUUCCUGAGCAAGGCCCGCGCCAGGAAGGUAUUGACUUUAAGCGGCAAAAAUGAUGCCCAUGGUCAGGCUAUGAAGAGCCUUGGGGGUAACCUGAUUGGUAAGACAGUAUAG